UUGCCAUUUCACUUAUCGACUCUAGAAAUGUCCGUUGUAUCGAAAACUGAACAUUUUCAACCAUUUCGAUUAUUCAAUCUUCCAACUGUGGCAGCAUGUAAUGUUAUAUCAUUUAUGAGGAUUGUUGAAGUAAUUGAAACGUCUAUGACCAGCUCGAAAGCGAGGAAAAAAGUGAAAUCUUUGAUAAAUGCCAAACUUUGGAAAGAAAUUGAUAUUUGUCCCGGAUUUGAUUCGAAUCCAAUUAUUCAAUUGGUCAGAAACUAUGACGUUUGGAUAAUAUCAUUCGGUAUAAAGAGAUACUAUCCCGAUACUUUAAGUUGUAUGAAUUACUACAGACUUUUGCAAACCAACUUGGAAGAUAAGACGGCUGACUGGAAAAUGUGGAUUGAGUAUCUAACUGAAUUCUUGGAAUCUCCUAUAGUCGAGCUUUCCAUGGAUAUCUCUGAACUGAAAGAUAAACAACAAUCAGUCAUCGAUUGGAUAAAAUCUAGACAACGUUCGAUUGAGAAACUCUCAAUAUAUGGAGAAAAUGUUUCAACCGAGGAUUUUGCGAUAGUUGAGAACAAUAAAGGUUUCACGAAAGAGUUCCUGUUUGAAAUGGAAACCGACGAAAACUUCCAUAGUGAUUUCACUUUUAAUGGAAAGUCUCUAACUGUGUACAAGGGAAAGUGGUUCAAAUUGAAUCAACUAUUGAACAGCGACUGUGCGGAAAUAUAUAUAGUUAAUUCUUUAUCAGAUAGUGAAUGGAACACUUUUCUUAGAAAAUGGAUCAAUAUGGAAUCGAAUUUGAAUCUGAAACGAUUGGAGUUCGAUAUCCCAGAACUUCAAUCACUUUUUUCAAUUCUCCUGCUACCCUCCGAAUCUGUGGCCAGUAUUGCAACGAAUGCCGGAAUGAACAUGAUUGAGAAUAAAUUUAAAAACUUCAUGGUAAUUCGACGCAAUGAUGGAGCAAUAGGUGUUCUCGGAAUCAGGUGGACAAAGGGACAUGGAUCUAAAGUAUGGACACUAUCAUUGACGGUUAAAUGAAUUAAUUUUGGAAUUCGAGUUUUCAGCAAUAAAGUCGUUUUAAAAAA